CACUACAAAAAGAGUGGGCAUCCCAACCCACUCAUAUCUCAUCUUAAGUGCAAUCCAAUGGUUCCCAAUUUUUGACAAAAAAAAACGCGUCUCCAUCUCUUAUCCGUAUCCAUCGCAGAUCUGAGCCGUCAUUCCCAACCUCUGGCCUCUUCGUUUCUCUCUGCGCGGAUCUCCCCACAAGGCUGAGACCAAGCACGGCUAGAGCUCGGCGCCACCUCCAUCGCCACUCUUCUCAAGGCUUAACACCACCAAAAAGAGGAGAAGCGAGCCACAAAAGAAACACACAUUGUCGGAUCUCUGAAUCGCUGCCAUGUGUGAUUUGUUGAGCACGUCACGACGCACCGGUAUGGUUAAGUCAUGGAAGAAGUUGAAGUACGAUCACCUUAUGCACGGGGAUGAGCUACAAGGAAUCAUCCUUCGAACCGGACGAAAUUCGAGACCGAUGAAGAUCGUGAGAGGAAAAAUAUUGGAAGAGCUAGAGCACUUGGAAAGCAAACGUCUCCAAACUGUAAAGGAAAUCUAUGAUAUGAUUAAAAGUCAUAUUAAUGCCAUAGAUCCACGACUCUUUCCAGCGCAUGUGAAUGAAAUUAAUUGAAAACUACUAUCAAGAGUUGAGACCUUGUGUGUAAAAAUAAAUGGUUCUUUCUUUAUGAACCUACACACCACAAAACAGAAUUUUGUGGGUUCAUAAAGAAAGAACCAUUUAUUUUUACACACAAGGUGUCAACUCUUGAUAGUGCUUUUUAAUUAGUUUCAUUCACAUGCGCUGGAAGUGAGGGACAAUAUGUAAAAGGUGUCAACUCUUGAUAGUGCUUUUUAAUUAGUUUCAUUCACAUGCGCUGGAAGUGAGGGACAAUAUGUAAAAGUCAUAUUUUACUUUUGCAAAAAAAAGUCCAGAGGUAGAGAUCGUUGAUGUGGGAUCUUUUUUAGUUCCAUAUUGUCGGAUCUCCGAAUCGCUGCCACGUAUGAUUCGUUGAGCACGUCGCGACGCACCGGGAUGGCUAAGACAUGGAAGAAGUUGAAGUACGAUCACCUUAUGCACGAGGAUGAGCUACAAGGAGUUAUCCUUCGUGCCGGAGAAAAUUCAAAACCAAUAAAAAUUGUAAGAGGUAAAAUAUUGGAAAAGUUAGAGGAACCAGAGAAGAAACGUUCCAGACAACAGGAGAAAUUUAUGAAGGAUGUUCGAAAGUUGCUGAAGUGAAGAAAUUGAGUAUUAGGUACUUUUUUCAGUCCUAAAAAUAUGGGAGUUACUGAAUUUUAUUAGAUUUAAAAGAAGUGUAUUUUUGAUUAAAGUAAAAUUUGAUAGAUAGAUUAUUAUUAAAAAGAUAUGAUGUAAUAAGUAGGUUCUUUUUUUUCCUUUUCUUUUGGAGUACGACUAACAAAUCUAUUAUAUUCUCCCUCUGUCUUUAAAAUAGUUUUCCUUAUUGACUUUUUAGAUAAUUAAAAGAAAAAUAUAUGUUUUGGUUUUUUCCUUCAAAAAUACUGUUGAUCUAAUAUAUAAAAUAUUAAUAAAAAAAGUAUAAUGUGAUAAGUAGGUUAUAAAAAAAUAAGAGUAAAAGUGAUUUUUUAAUAGAUAAGGGAAAGAGUUUGUGAGACAAGAAAAAAAAGAAAAGAGAAUGAGUUUAAAGGAGGAAGGGAAUUUUUUUUUUCACAGAAAUAAUUGGUACAACAGUCUGUUUGUUUUUCUAUUUGCUUGACGUUAUCAAAAAGAGGAUAAGCGGGCUACAAAGGAAAUACAUAUUGUCGGAUCUCUGAAUCGCAGCCAUGUGUGAUUCCUUGAGCACGUCGCGACGCACCGGGAUGCCUAAGACAUGGAAGAGGCUGAAAUACGACAACCUCAUGCACGAGGAUGAGCUACAAGGAGUUAUCCUUCGUGCCGGAGAAAAUUCAAAACCGAUUAAAAUUAUAAAAGAUACAAUAUUGGAAGAGUUAGAGGAACCAGAGAGAAAACGUCCUCAAACAAAACAAGAAAUUUAUGAAGAGAUAGGUUAAAAGUGGCAAAAGUGAAAGGAUGGAGUAUUAUGUACUCUCUUUGGCCCUAAAAACAUGUGAAUUAUUGAUUUUUAAUACUCCAGAGUAGAUUUAAGAGAAUUGUAUUUUGAUUUAGAGUAAAAUUUGAUAGAUAGAUUAUUGUAAAAAGCUUCUGCUUUUCAUCACCACUAAUUUGUACAUAGAACAACGUUUCGGAGAAGCAGUAGUUUUCUCCCUUUUUCAGGUGGUUUAGGUGUACGAGGAGAAGAUCCUGGGAGUCAACUUAGAAGAAAAUCCAAAUCAGCUAUGGCGGAAUUAUAAGAGAUUUUUUUUCAGAUGGAGAGAAACAAAAAGAUUCAAAUUUUUAAAUUCCAGCAUUAUUUUAUCACCUCCCCAUCGUGUUUCAUGUGAUUGAUUCCUGGUACCUUCAAUUUUGCUCACCUUAAAUGGAGGAAGUGGAAAAUAUGAAGAGAGAUAUUCCCUCUGAAUCCUUUCCAGGAACUACUGAAGUAACAUCAUCAAUGAAUGAUGAUUCACCGGAUAUUGUAUUCGAAACGGAUAAAAGUACAAGUCAAAUUGUAGAAUUUGAGGCACGCGCUUUGCCCGUGGAUGAUUUCAUAUGUGAUCAUCCUAGACAGGACCAGAAUGGUUCAUCUACAUCAGACAUAAAUUUGGUUUUGAACUCCCCAAGUGAAGUUGAUAAUUGUGGAACUAUGGGAACUCCUGUAAAUAGUUCUGCACUUGAAGAUGAAUCAUCAUCACUCAAUUCCAUUUCAUCGGAUUCGAAACCGGUUGAAGCAUUACAACCACUUGUUGAUACCUCAGACUUCUUAUUGGCAGAUUCAGAGAGUGCAAAGUUUCAAGAGGGAGUAACAAAGGAGCAUGAAACAACUCCAUUGAAUCCGGCUAUAGAUCUUCUUGGAGACAUUAUCACUUCUCAAGACAAUGACACUUUCAAUGAUGACCAUUUAACCUCCUCCCAUCCAGAAAUGAGAGAAGCUGCUCAUGAAAGUGUCAAUCAAUUGUUGCCAUUGGAUCCGGAUGGUGUUGGCCACCUACAAGCCAAUGUUUCCGAUCAUCUAGAGCCAUCAAAUGACAUUGAUAUGCCGGUGACUGAUUUUUCGAAUCAGCACACAGAAGUUCCAGUUCAUGUAAUGCCAUUAGAUGGUGCUGUUGAUCAGCACUCAUUAGCCAAAGUUUCCACUCAUUUAGUGCCAUCCCAUGAUGAUGAUGAUGAUCAUGAUGAUGAUGCUAGGUUACGCCAAGCAAAAAUUAGUAGCUUUGCUGCUAAACAGUCGGCAUCUUUCCCUUCCAAUCGUCCUGAAAAUGCAGGCAUUGACAGAGUUCAGAUCGACACGGCAAUGCCUAUAGAAUCUGUGAAGCAUGCUGUUUCUAAAUUCGGAGGAAUUGUUGAUUGGAAGGCUCAUCGAGUUCAGACUGUGGAGAGGCGGAAGUGUAUUGAUCAAGAGCUAGAGAAACUGCAGGAGGAGAUUCCGAUAUUCAAAAAGCAAUGUGAAGAAUCUGAAGAGGCCAAAAUGCAAGUGUUAAAGGAGUUGGAUGGAACAAGAAGACUGAUAGAGGAAUUGAAGCUCAACCUUGAGAGAGCACAGACAGAAGAACAACAGGCGAGGCAGGAUUCCGAGCUUGCGAAGCUGAGAGUGGAAGAGAUGGAGCAAGGGAUCGCCGACGAGGCCAGCAUUGCAACCAAAGCCCAACUCGAGGUUGCCAAAGCACGACACGCCUCCGCCGUGUCGGAGCUCCAGGCGGUGAGGUCCGAGCUGGAACAACUUCGCGAAGACUACGCGGUGCUGGUGUCCGAGAGAGACGCGGCGGUGAGGAAGGCGGAGGAAGCCGUCUCCGAGUCGAAGGAAGUCGAGAAGUGCGUGGAGGAUCUGACGGUUGAGCUGAUAACGAUGAAGCAAAACCUAGAGGCGGCGCACGCCGCGCAUCUGGAGGCGGAGGAUCACCGAAUCGGAGCGGAUCUGGCGAGAGAGCAGGACACGCUUUACUGGGAGGAAGAAGUGAAGAAGGCCGAAGAUGAAAUCUCUAGGUUAAAUCAACAGAUCCUCUCUGCAAAUGAACUGAAAUCAGAUCUGCAAACCGCUUCGGCUUUGUUACACGACUUGAAGGCAGAACUCGCCGCUUACAUGGAGACGAAGCCUCAACAACACGAAGAAGCCGAUGCGGGAAGAACUCAUUCUGGAAUCCAAGCGGCGGUGGAAUCAACCAGAAGAGAGAUCGAAGAAUUGAAGCUUCAAGCAGAGAAAGCAGCCUCUGAAGUGAAUUGCUUGAGAUUAACUGCCGCGUCUUUAGAGACAGAACUGGAAAGAGAGAAGGCUGAACUCGCCGGUACUCAACAGAGAGAAGAAAUGGUGUCGAUUUCUGCUGCAUCCAUUGAAGCUGAACUGAACAGAACCAUAUCCGAUAUUUCCCUCGCACAGAUAAAAGAGAAAGAAGCAAGAGAGAAGAUGGUGGAGCUUACAAAGCAGUUGCAGGUGGUUGCUCAAGAUGCAAAUCAGGCAAAAUCUCUUGCUGAAGCAAGACAGGCAGAACUAUGGAGGGCAAAGGAAGAAGCCGAGCAGGCCAAGGCGGAAGCUAAUACCAUAGAUAAUCAACUACAUGCAGUUCAUAAGGAGAUAGAAGCUGCAAAAGCUGCAGAGAAACUGGCAUUAGCAGCCAUGAACGCACUGGAAGAGAGCGAAUCAGCUCGAAAGAACAAAGAAUGGGAUUCGCCAACUGGUGUGAAAAUAUCCUUGGAAGAGUACUAUGAGUUAAGCAAACAGACACAUGCUGCAGAAGAAGAAGCAAAUGCAAGAAUCGCAGCUGCCAUGUCCCAAAUCGAUGUCGCCAAAGAGUCAGAACUCAAGAGCAUGAAGAAGCUUGAGGAUGUCAACCAACAAUUGGCUGAGAAAAAGAAAGCACUAGAAACUGCAGUGCAGAAAGCUGAGGAAGCCAAGGGAGGGAAGCUUGCUGUGGAACAAGAGCUGAGGAAAUGGAGGGAAGUGCAUGAGGAAAGACGCAGAAUCAGCGAAUCUGUUAACCGAAAUAGCUGCCCAAGAUUGAGCUUUGAAGACAGGAAAGAACAUGAUGCAUCCAUACUCCAUCAUAGGUCUCCGAAAGGAAACGUGCACGAAAGCAAUCAUGAGAAUCCAUUUACGCAGGAAGGCAGCGCGGAACACGAACCAUCUCUUGAGGCCACAAAGACCACAAAGAAGAAGCGAAGAUCCUUCUUCCCUCGGAUUUUCAUGUUCUUGGCCAGAAAAAAGAGCUCCAAGACAGCAUGAUGAUGCCCUCUAUGUGAACUACCCUUAUACUGCUCUUAAAGAGAUGUCGGUAGAUUGAUUCGGUGUGUACAUAAUUAUAAGUGUACAUUUUGAUCAUUGUUUUGUGUACAUAUCAAUAUAUCAUUCACAGUUGG